AUGAACAAGCUGAUCGUGCCCCAGGACCUCAAUUCGCGCGUCCGCACAGGCCAUGUUGCCUGGGUAAACAUACUCAGCUGCAGCCCGAGUGGCAUCCGCAAACUAAACGGCUUUUUCCUCCUGCAGCUCUACGUGGAACAUAGUGUUCAUCAGAGCAACACCUUCUGCCCUCUUCCGAUACGUGGUCGUAUACUUGCUCACAUUGCUGACUUCUGUAGGACGUUGUUGUUGAGGGGUGCGACCAGUGUGAGGCGUUCUUGGCUAACCCGAUGCAUUAUGCUGACUGCUACACUGAGCACCGGUCUGGCGCCUCCGAUAUGA